AUGACUAUUGCCUGCCAGGAGGUGACUUUCAAGGCACACCGUGCCCUUCUUUGCACACAAUCUUGUUUUUUCGAUGCCGCUCUUAAGCGUGGCUUUAAGGAAUCCAUCAGCGGGACUAUCAACCUACCCGACGACGACCCAGAGACCAUCGUACGAGUCCUCUGCUUUCUCUACCAGCAGACUUAUGAUGACCAAUAUGUGAAGCCAAGAAGCAAUGCGCCAGGCAACCCUGAGAACCCAACAAACGAGCCUGAGCACAGAAAGACCACUGCUUAUAACAACCUCUCUGUCUACCUUGUGGCUGACAAAUUUGGCAUCUUUCCUCUCAAGGAGCUUGCUUUGACCAAGCUUUCUAUCUGGGUCAGAGACCGCUACAUGACACCACUGUUCCCCAAAAUCGCUCUCCAGAUUAUGACAUCAAUGAAUGCCUCAUGA